AUGAGUUUCGGCAAUCCUAGUGCGAAUGAGAGACAAGGAGGCAAGAAGAAGGUGAGCGAACGAGAAGGACGUGCUGUGGACAGCCGUGAAGGCGACAUGGACGAUGAUGACAAUGACAAUGACAAUGACGAUGAUGACGAUGAUGAUGAUGAAGAGGAGGACGAUGCCGAUGACGAUGACAAUGAUGAUGAUGAUGAUGAUGAUGAUGAAGGCGCAAAUGGUGUCGAAAGUGGUGAUGAAAACAACACUCAUUUUUCACAAGAAAAAAGUGCCAAAACACAAAAACGCAAACGACGCGCUCUAUCCCCAGGUGCAUUCGGAGAAACACUGGAGCAGCUGCUUGGUGAUGCCACAACGGCUACCAAAGGGCAAAAUGAAAUUCUCUCGCUUGCACCACGAAUCCGUCGAACAGCGAAUGCUACGACACUUCGAGCCAAAGCAGCACGUCUUGCAUUGGAACAACGAAGAGAGCGAGAAGAGCGGGCCCAUAUCAAGGAUGUGAUCGGUGAGUGGGGAGCCCCUGGAACACUCUCCAAUAGCACACAAAUGCCACUUUCAGGCGCGGCUCUAGAUGCGUGGACAGAACAAGGAGGUGCCAAAGGCUACGAACGACGUCUGCGUAAGACGGCCCAACGAGGUGUGGUGAAACUCUUCAAUGCCAUCCGCGCCGCGCAAUCUACCACAGAAAGUGAUAUUGAAAAAGCCCGCUCUACGCAAAAGUCACGCAAAUUGAACGCUCUGGGCAGCAAAGAUAUGGCCGUCAAGGAACUUAGCAAGAGCCAUUUCCUUGAUCUGCUGCGUCAAACACCCAAGGACACGGCAGCGUAA